AUGUCAGAAGAGUCUCAAUUCUGCAUUCAAGCGCCUUCAAUAUUGACAGAAGCACCUAUUCAAGUACCUAUAAUAGGCAGCUCACAUUAUUUUUCACUUACUCCUUUUCCUGUCAGCAAUCCAAAAGUUCCCACUUUAACUCAGCCUUUCCAGAAGAUAAACUUUACAAAAAUCAAUGAGAUAUGCGAUAUAUACCAUCCUUUUGAUCUCAAUGAGUUCAAUCAGACCCAAACAAUUUAUAGUCCAAAAUUAUCACAGAAAACAUAUCUAAUUUUACUAGAAAUCUCACAUAAAAUGGUUAACUCAGGAGCUGUUAAAGAGUUCUGCCAACGAAUGAGAGGCCUAGCUAAAACAAAAGCCUCAAUUUUGAUUACAAUUUUAGCUUAUGGCCAUAAUGUUUACGCGCCUAUCUUCAAAAAGGAUAGGAACUCGUUCUUCUUGUCAACGCUACCAGAUAUAUCCGAUAAUUGUCCAUUAAUUCCUGAAAUGGUCUAUUUUGAUCUGAAUAUUCAGAGCGAACUCUUUGAAAAAUACCUCGAUUUACUUGAAAACCUCGAACCAGAAACAAUGUCAUUCUCGUAUGGCUCGAUUAUUGAAUACUUUUUCGAUUUUAUCAAAGAUUUAAGAAAUCCAACACUUAUUAUCUCAUCAGAGACCUCAGAUGCAUCAGAUACCCAAAUAGAGCAAAUAAUAGAGAGCUGCAAGCAGCCACACGUCUCUUUUGAGCUUGCUUUGUUUGGAGACGUAAAUCUUCCAAAUAUUUCGAAGCUUGUUAAAGAAACAAACACACAUAUCAGAUACUACGGAUUUUCUCAAGUCCAACUCCUGUUUUUCGAUCUAAUUGACCUAAUUCAACUUCCUUAUGUCAGAUUUUGUUGUUUAUACGCGAUCGGCACCGAUUCCGUCCAUAUUUCUAAAUGUAUCGGUAACUACUGCACAUGUAUCGACAACAGAUACAUUUUUAACAAGUUAAUCGCGGGAGAUACGAUGCAUUUCUUUGUAGACAUAGAUAGAAACAAAGCGAAGAAGGUUCCACCCGAAAUACGCUUCGUUGUUCAAUAUUUUGACGCAAAUGUGGUCAGAUACAAAAGAAUAAUUCCAAUUAAAAUUAUUCCUUCAAAUGAUUCAUAUCAGAUCAGCAGAACGUUGAACAUGAACGCUAUUGUUGGAGCUGCUACAUCGAUAUUGGCAUUUAAGACCAUAAAUAAUGAACAAACCGAAGAAUUAAGAAAUAAUUUCGAAAUUUCACUGAAAUCGGAUUAUUUCAGGACAGUUUUAGAUCAAGGAACAUUCGAGAGACUCAAGAUUGCUGCCAAUGCCCUGAAAUUGGCAACAACUCAAGUUGGAGCUCACGAAAUUUUAUCUAGAACCGAUGAAGACAUUUUUGACUUAUUGUCUCCACUUUGUAUAUUCACAACAAACCCACAACAACGAACAAUUCUGUUUCCUGACGUUUUUAGGAACGGAUCCGUUGCAAUUCAGCAGAAAAGCCAAUACUUUUUAUGCUACGACGAACCAGGAACUCCAUCAACCGUAGAAAUAACAGACCAAAUGGGAAAAUGUCCUUAUCUCGAUGGUUGUAAGGAUCCAACGAGAGAUAGUAAUUAUCACUAUUGGUUGUUGGCUCAGGUUAUGAAUUAUGUUUUUUGA